GGUUUCACGUCGGACAUAAAUACGUGUCGGACCACCGUAGACCAGCGAGCUAUAGUUGUUUACUGUUAAUAAAAAAAGAAGAAGAAAGUCUCAGACUGUCGCGCCGGCGCAGAAGCGUCCGCUCAUCGUUAUAUCAAGAGGGCGGAAACGAGUUGUUUAUUUUCUGAGAAGAUGUUUGCCCGACAGUUCCGUGUCAGAUCUAACACCGCCAUCAAAGGGUCAGACAGGAGGAAGCUCAAAGCGGACAUAUCUGCGGCCUUCCCCUCGCUGACCGCCGACGAGCUGACGGAGCUGGUCCCCAACAAAGAGGAGCUGAACGUCGUGAAGAUCUACGCACACAAAGGAGACGCCCUGACACUUUAUGUCCUCCACAAAAACCCGCUGUUCUUCGAACUGGAGAAGCGACUUUAUCCGACGGUCUACGUGCUCUGGCGCUACCCGGCUCUCCUGCCGACGUUCAGGACGUGGCCCCCGGUGCUCCAGAAGCUGGUCGGAGGGGCAGACCUGAUGCUGCCAGGUGUGGUGGUGCCUUCAAGCGGUCUCCCGGAGGUGAAACGGGGCGACUGCUGUUCGGUCACGCUGGUGAACAACAGAGCUCCGGUCGCAGUCGGCAGCGCCGCCGUGUCCAGCGGGGAGAUGCGCAGUCUGGGCAUGAAAGGGAGAGGCGUGUGCGUCCUCCACGCGUACAUGGACAACCUCUGGGCUUUCGGAGACAAGUCGGCUCCUCCUUCGCUGCCGGAUGCAGAGGGAGAAGGACUGGAGGUGAAUGGAGAGGAGUAUGAAGCCGAUGACAUCGAAGAGGAGGAGGUUGAGAAGUGUGAGGAGGAGGAGCAGGAGGAGCAGGAGGAGCAGGAGCGGACUCCAGGUGCGAAGGUCACAAAUCAAGCCCGCUCUGGUCUGGAGGAGCUGAGUCUGGCUGAGCAGGAGGAAGAGAGGGGCGACGGGGAGGAGGAGGCCAAUCAAGACGACCUGAAAAUGCCACAAGAGAUAAUGGACGCCCUGCUCCUGCGGUGUUUUCUCCACGCGCUCAAGAGCAAGGUGAAGAAAUCGGAGCUCCCUCUGCUGACCAGCACUUUUCUCCGGAACCACAUGUUCUCCUGCUGCCCGAGUGGAACGCAACUGGAUAUCAAGAAGUCCAGCUAUAAAAAGCUGUCUAAGUUCCUGCAGGCCAUGCAGAAGCAGCACAACCUCGUGCGAGUGAGAGAACUGACCAAGGGCGUGGAAAGCAUUGUGGAGGUGGACUGGAAAAAUCGAGAGCUGCGUUACUUCAAAGUUCCCGAGGAGACGGACGACGAGGCGUCCCCGGCGCCGGACCGAGGGGACGGAGCCGAGCCUCCGUACCGUCCUCCCGAGAUCACGGCUCUGUACUCUGUGUCGUCGCGACUGGAGCCCCUCUUCCUGGAUGCCAAGAAGAGGAAAGGAACGAUCCUGCAGCCCGAGGAAGUGAGACACAUCGUCACCGAGUAUGUGAAGAAUAACGAGCUGGUGGAUGAAAAUAAUAAGAAUUACGUGACCAUAAACCCGACGCUGUGCGACUGCUUGCUGGAGAAAUCGGAGUACCAGGAAGUCGAGUCUCUGAAGUGGGAUGACCUCUUCAGCAGGGCGCUGGGUAGAAUGCAGGAGUGCUACCAAGUCGUGUACCCCGGACAUGCUCCCAUCAGGAAGAAGGGCCACAUGGAGCCCAUAGACAUCUCUGUGGCUUCUCGAGGCUCCAAUAAGAAGGUGACUCUAAUAAAGAACCUGGAAGUGUACGGUUUGGAUCCUGCAGCCGUGGGCACUGCUUUGCAGCGCCGAGUCCAGGCCAGCUCCGUCUUACAGCCCAUCCCCGGGUCCAAGGACAAAGUCCUGGUCCAGAUCCAAGGCAAUCAGAUUCACCAAGUCGGCAAUUUGCUCAUAGAUCAUUAUCAAAUCCCUCGCAAGUACAUCCAAGGACUAGACAAGGCUCCAAAAGGUGGAAAGAAGAAGUGACAUUUCGACCUGUUUUAGGUGAUUGACUUCUCUUCUUCUGGAGAUUGAUGAACGAACGGGCGCUUCGUUGUGUUUGGCUGAUCCGAUUUGGUUCUUAGAGAUAUGAGAUCACAGAUCACUGAUAUGAUCGUUUUAAACCAGAGCGGCGUUGAGUCCAACCAUCAAACGUAGAAAUAAUUUGCUUUUUGUUUAAAAAAAGGAAAUAAUGUUGUUUUUUAACCCCCCCCCGCCCCCCCCUCCCAAAAUAAAAAUAAAUGCCAAAAAACAAACGAGGAUUUCUCGAAAUGUGUUCAGCUUUUAAAGAUUUUCGUAGUGGGGAUCAAAUGUAUUUUUAUUUUUUUUUGUUGAGAAAUGCAUAUUUUUGCCAUAACAUUAUUUUAUUUUUUUCAAAGGUAAAUUAUUUUUGCACAAUUAAGAGUGGAGAGAUGACAGAAAAGAAGGCAGUGAGAGACCCCCACACACACACACACACUUGCAGUGAACAAUGGAUACAAUGCAAAGGAAUAAAUCUGUGUGAUACAAGCC